CAAGUAGCUGCUGGUUUUUUCACCAUACUGAGAAAUUAAGCAAGAGGCAUAGUUUUAGAACAACAGUAUGUCUAAGAGCUCUAUGGCUCAGAUGAUCAAUCGGGCCAAGCCGUUUGUGGCUGUCACUCUGAUGCAAUUUGGGUUUGCAGGAAUGUCCAUAAUUUCAAAGUUUGCUCUCAACCGGGGGAUGAGCCAACAUGUAUUGGUCGUGUACCGGCAUGCUGUUGCCACUGUUUUUAUAGCUCCUUUUGCCGUUGUAUUUGAUAGGAAAGUAAGGCCAAAGAUGACCUUCUCUGUUUUCACCAAGAUUUUGUUACUUGGCCUAUUAGAGCCCGUAAUCGACCAGAACCUGUUCUAUACCGGGAUGAAGCUUACAACAGCAACUUUUACAUCUGCCAUGUGCAAUGUUCUUCCUGCCUUUGCAUUCAUAAUGGCUUGGAUUUUCAGGCUUGAGAAUAUUAAUUUUAGAAGCCUGCAUAGCCUGGCAAAGAUAUUGGGGACCAUAGUGACUGUGGGAGGAGCUAUGCUUAUGACUCUAAUUAAUGGACCGAUGCUGAAUCUUCCUUGGACAAGAAGAAACAUCCAUCAAGAAUCUAAAAGUGCCAUAGAUCAUCAAGAUCCCAUAAAGGGUGCUGUAAUGAUUGGAGCUGGAUGUUUCUGUUGGGCUGGUUUCGUCAAUCUGCAAGCAAUUACGCUAAAGUCUUACCCCGCUGAGCUCUCCCUAGCAGCUUGGAUAUGCUUGAUGGGCACGGUUCAAGGCACCGUGGUAGCCCUAGGUUUCGAAUGGGAUAACCCUGCAGCUUGGUCCAUACACUGGGAUUCUAAGUUGUUAGCUGCUGUUUACAGUGGAAUAAUAUGUUCAGGUGUCGCGUAUUACAUUCAGGGAUUGGUAAUGAAGGAAAGGGGACCUGUUUUUGUGACUGCUUUUAGUCCUCUGAGCAUGAUUAUUGUUGCUGUUAUGAGCUCCUUCAUGUUAGCUGAGAUAAUGUACUUGGGAAGAGUAAUUGGAGCAAUGGUCAUUGUGAUUGGCCUCUAUAUGGUUCUAUGGGGUAAAAGUAAGGAUCGGAUUCCAUCUGAAUCAGAAAAAGAUUACUUGGUUCCACCGGUUUAACGAAAACUACAUUCAUGGAGAGGACAGUGACAUCAGAGAAAAGAUUUUUUGGCCACUGAUGUUACUAAGCAAGAAGCUGAUGUUACUGGCGAAUUGUGAGUACAGUGGACCAGUCACUUAAAAAAAGAAGAGGAAAUUUCUACUUUGAAAAUCCCGUAACUGAAAUCAUAGUUUUAAUAUGGAACAGAGUGGUUGCUACUUGCUCCCUCCUUCUGCAGAAAGGUGUUUUGAAUUGGGCAUGGAUGCUCUUCUUGGCACAAUCUUUGUGUUGCAUGGUUUGAGUUUUAAUGUCAUGAAUUUUAAUGCAGUACUUAUAUCACAAAUCCAAAUAAUUGAAUGCUUGAAUCCAGUUAGGUCCAUGUAAAGCUGGCAUCUUGACACCAAUAUUACUGAU